AGAGCUCUUGGCGCAGAAGGUCAGGAGUGAUUUGCUUGUUUGUACAAUCCGCUAAUAAGCGGCUCCGCUUUCCAAAGUCACACCACGCCCUGAGAUGAUGCAGGGACCAGCAUUAAAAUCAGCGAUCACAAACCAAGCACAAAACAUGGUUUCAUCAUUAAAAGCCUGGAAUUCCUUUUACCGUUAUUAACCAGGUCCCCAAAGCGAAGGAAAAAAUUCUGAAAUGCAGAAAGGCUUAUUUGCCGUCGCAAAUGGGAAUCUGGAAUAACUAUGAAAAACACACUGAAAUAAUUGUGUUUGACUGGAACAAAAUUCUUGCAAAGUCCCCAAGGAUGAGAUUCUGUGCCAAAUCAAUGCUUCUGUCUGACUGGCUCUUUCUGGUCUAUGUGUUAACGGUCUGCUGUAAAUUGUUGUCUGCCUCUAGCCACCAUCCCCGGGGGCACGCAGGCCAGCACCAAGUCAAGCAAGGGACGUGUGAAGUUGUGGCAGUACAUCGUUGCUGCAAUAAGAACCGAAUUGAAGAACGGUCACAAACAGUCAAGUGCUCCUGCUUCCCAGGGCAGGUGGCUGGUACAACAAGGGCUCAGCCCUCUUGCGUGGAAGCUUCCAUCGUCCUACAGAAGUGGUGGUGUCAUAUGAACCCCUGUUUAGAUGGAGAGGACUGUAAAGUACUACCAGACUAUUCCGGUUGGUCUUGCAGCAGUGGAAAUAAAGUCAAAACCACAAAGGUAACACGGUAGCAAAAAAUAAACCUGUGGGUCAAUACUGGAACAAUGGCAUGUGCAACCGUGUUGCUUGGCUAUUACACAGAGACCCUUUUUUGUGACAAUGGCAUAGACUUAACUCUUGGAACUUGCAAAAUUAGUGAGGAAAAAGAACAAUACUUCUACAUUCAACUGUGGUUGAAGUUCUUGAACCUAGAUUUUGCUGUACAGAAUGGUACAUGUUCAAUUUCACAAGGAAAAGCAAUGAGAUUUGUUUCUUCCUGAAAUAUGCACAUUGGAUUCCCAAGGUUCUGACACCUGGCAAGUUCUUGAAAACACACACCUGGACUUCUGCGAUGCAUCAAGGAUAAGACUCUCUUUAUGAUGCUGAGAACUGUAAAAUUGCUUUAAAUGAUUUUAGAUCAUUGAAGUAACCUAGGAGGUCGGAGAAAGAAAAUAGUUAUGUUACAACCAAUAUGGAUUUGUCUGAGACACUUCUCACAUAUGGUACAACAUGAUAAUAUAAAACUGAUCCCAAUGCCAAGUGAGUUGAUGGGAUAGUGUUAGUAAAUGAUGUCUUAGUGUAUUUUCAACUGUGAUUUAGUAAAUAUCAAGAUUGUAUGAAGGUGAAAGGAUGGCACUUAUAAAUUAGUAACAAUAAUUGUAAGACACAUUUUGUUUAUA